UUGCUUUUUGGUGUAUAUGGGCAUAAACACGUCAGCUAAAUAAGUGCAUAAGUGUUACUAUAGUAAUAUAAAGGUCUAACCGGGCAUGUUUUGAUGAAACUGGGAUUAGAAGACUGAAGACAUUUCAUAGUAUUAAUACGCCUACUUCAGCGGAUUUUAUUUCUCGUAUAUCGACGUUAAUGUUAAGCUAAGACGUAAAAAAAAGUAAACUUGGACAUGGAGACAGUCCUCAGUGUGCCUGUGAAGCUGGUGGUAAAAGUUCCGAACCAGAAAAUAGGAGACAAAACAGUUGACUGUGAGUUGAACUGGACAGUAGAAAGAUUAAAAAAUCACUUGUCGGAUGUCUACCCGUGUAAGCCGAAAGCAGCAGAUCAGCGACUAAUUUACUCUGGCCGACUUCUGCACAAUCACCUUAGACUGAAGGAUGUUCUCAAAUACAUAAAUACAUCUGAUAAAGAAAACGAAACUCAUGUAGUUCAUCUUGUAUGUUCUACAAUAAAUGAACCUGAUAUAUCGGAUCCUAGUGGACGACAGGCUAAAGAGAAAACCUGGGAGAGCUUUAACAGUUUUGACAAUGCAACAUUUUGUUCAAACCAUACAAGCCCUACUAAUCAAAGUGAUUCUCCGUUCUUGGCCACUAGUUCUGAUGCCGUUCAUCACCGAUCAACAACUCAUUUCAACACAAAUAGCUUUCCCGGUUACCAGUUGUCCCCAGGUGUCCCUUUGAAUCCCGAAGAAAUGUUGCAGCAGAUGCUAGCCAUACAACACGUUUAUGCUCAGUACGUGGCCCACUACAUGCAGUAUGCUCAGACAGGAACUAGCCUUAGUCCCCAGUCAGGAGUUCCUGUGACAGGUGAAACGGCAUCUUCAGCAGUAGCUGACAUCAAUGUAGCCAAUGAAAACCUCAGAGUCCAGCCCCAACCUGCCAAUAAUAACAACAUGCAGAUGAAUGUUCAAGGAGGACCUCUUAUGGAGGAGGAUGAGGAUGAGGCUGUGAAUUGGGAUUGGCUGGACUGUUUUUAUUUUUUCAGUCGUAGCCUUGUUCUUUUCAGCAUUGUUUUCUUUUACUCAUCCAUUGGAAGGUUUUUGAUAGUCACAGGAAUCUCCCUGUUUAUAUAUCUCUAUCGUAGAGGCUUCUUUGGUAGAAGAAUACAGAUCCCAGAACGUGAAAACCACCCAGACAAUGAAAAUAACGGAAACUAUCCAAUGGAAGAGCAGCACCAAAACCCUUCCUCACCACCACGUGAACAAAACAACCUUCAAAAUGAGGGUGCUGAUGAGGCCCAACACUUGGAGGACAUGACGAAUGGCCAGGGGUCAGUAACCGUUUCUCACCCUUCUCAACUAGCUUGCAUUUGGAGCUUUAUCUCCAGCUUUUUCUUAUCUCUAGUACCUGAGCAACCUCCUCCUGUCAAUGUUAAUUAGACUUGGUUUGUUUAGGGUUAGUGAUUGUACUUCAAGUUUGCUUUUUGGAUAAGAAAUCUUUAUCACUUAACCCGAGUGUGUCAACCUAAGAUUUAUAACAGCAUAUCAAAUGUUAUGUGCAAAGUCCACUUUAUAAUUACUUUUGUUUUUCACAAUUAACUUUAACACAUUCACUGUGGCUGCUCUAGAUAUUAAGUGUACCAGCCGUACACCUUGUACAGCACACUCGCAUUCAACUGCUGGAGGCGAACCGUACCCCAUACGACGAAUUGGCAGUCAAUGGGUUGAAAUUUUUCAAAUAUUCAUGAACACUGAUGUUUUAUAACUUGUUUGUGUGCUAACUGUUAAAGGAAAGCCUUCAACUGGAUUAGUUUUAAUUUCUUCAUCUGAUCUUUGGUCCAACACACUUGUAACAGUAGACAUUUUUGUGGGAAUUCCUCAAAGUAUUGUAUAUGUAGCUUAUGGGGAAGUGAGCUUUUACAGUCUGUAUUCUGACUUUUUUAGAAACGUAUAGAAUAUGCAAAUAUAAUAGUGUUUUGUAAAUGUUUUUAUACUCCCCACACACACACUUUAAUAUUAAAAUCAUAUAAUAUAUCAAAAGGUCAUUCUAUUAUUUAGUGGCUAUGAACAUAUUUAUAUAUAUAUAUAUAUAUAUUAUUUUCCUAAAUGAAUAAGUUUAUUUGAAAUACUGUAUUAAAAUUUAUCGAUGGAAAAACUUUGAUACGAAGUAACAUAAGCAUAUGCACCUUAGCUGUGCCAAAUUCUUUCAAGAUGAGAAUAAAGUGUAUUAUAUUAGAAUAUAUUACAUGAAAGUAUACAACUAGCUAUUUGUUGGUUCCCCGGUUAAAUCAUAAUUGUAGUUAAUAUUUUAAAAGAUACAGUGCAAUAAAUAUGCUUAUAUCAAAGUAUCUUAUUUCAGUUUUUAAAAUGGAAUGAGAUACAUUUUUCCACUGCUUAAAUAAGUUUUAUAAGUCAUAAUAUGAUCUCUGAAUAUGUAAAAUAUUCUAAAGAUUUUUUCCCCCUAUUUUGAUGCCAGUAGGUGGCUUUUUUUUUCCUUGCUGGGUUGUCAAGGGUUUUUCAUUUCCGACCUAGUCAUUGCUAUUUGAGUUUCCACUACUAGCAUAUCUGUAUAUACUGAAUAAAUAAAGGCCUUUUAUCCUU